UACUUCUCCGCUUCCUCUCUCCUCUCUCUCCCUCUCUCCCUCUCUCUCUGCAAUUUCCCUUUCCACACACCGCUACUGUUCCAUUAAUCCCCACUCCUCAACGCAAUGGACCACGAAACCACCGAUCACCAGCCACCGCGCCGCAGCUCGGGGCGGAGAAAGUUCAAAUGCGGCGGAGGAAACGGAGGCGACGCGAAGAAGCACAAGCAGCCGCGGCGCGGGAUGGGCGUCGCGAAGCUGGAGCGCCUCCGGGAGCAAGGCGAGGUCGUCACGGAGCCCGAUCGAGCUGGAUCCGGCUUCCCGCUCCCGUUUCCGGAGAUGAAUCACCUCCGUUUCCAGCAACAUCAGCUCCAAUCGUGUGGACCGAGCUGGAAUCCGGUCGGUUUCCCCGGCCUCGAUUGCCGGAUUCUGCAGAGCCACGGCGAGGAGAAGUGUUUUUCUCUCCAGUGCAAUGCUUGCCACAAGAAGAAGAAGAUCAAUGGCGCUGCGGUGUAUAAAUGUGGCGAUCAUCGCCGAUUUCUAGGCCUCGAUUUCGGAGAUGCGUUGAUUCAUCAUAAUCUAGAACCGCCGCAGGUGGAUGUUGUGGCGGUGCACAGAAAAGGAGCCGGCGGUUUGGAAGGGGGAAACAACGUGGUGAUGGAGUACGAUUUCUUCCCGCCGGCGGCGAGAUCGGGGAGGAGAAACGACGUGGUGGAGGGGGAAAUGAGGAAUUCGGGAUCAUUUGAUGGCGUUGAUCUGUCGCUGAAGCUCUCUUACUAGCGGGAGAAGAGAAUGAAUGCAUAUCUCUGCGCACUUCCGAAAUCACAGCGUUUUUGCUUACUUUUUUGGUUGUAACACUACUUUCAUCUCCACAAUCGGCGAUACAUUUUCUGAAAUUCUAGGCUCCACCAUCGCUCUCUCUCAUUAAUACUGGCUUUCGCCCAUGCAUUAAUUUACUCACUCGUUUUAUCUA